AUGACAUUGCAAGGAAGUGGCAACGAAUAUUACAGUGGGGAGACGUCUAGAGGUCCAUCUUCCAGGUGGAGCGGUGACCACAAAGGGGGGUUGCCGGGCACAGACGCGGAUACGGACAUGGACACUGCGAUGGAUACCGGUCUGGGGGGUUUGGGCGACAGUCUGGGAAGCAGUAGAUACGACGACUUAAAUAGAAGUAGAGAUAGAAGCAGAAGCAGAAGCAGAAGCAGAAGCGCCAGUGUUGAUAGAAUUUUCCAUGAGGGAAGAAGUAUGGGAUACGGAGGCGAGCGGUCAUACCGAUCCAGAGACGAAACUCCGAGGGCUACAUUGUACGUUAGAGGCUUCGUUACGGGGGUUAGGGCCAAGACGCUUGCCGAUGUCUUUGAGAGGUACGGUCCAGUUGCACAGGUGGAUGUGUUACCGCCACGAAGGUCAGACGGUGAGCAGUAUGCGUUUGUUGCCUUUAGAAGUAUUUCUGCCAUGAAUGCAGUAUUGGACGAUAUUGAGAGCGGGAGGCCGAUCGAUGGCGGGGUGGCCAUUGACCCCAAAGUUGGUCUUUUAUGCGAGAGGGCCAGGAGGUUGCCCGUGUCACGGAGAGUAACAACGGCAGGAUCUCAGAGAAGAGACGGUCGAUACGGUGGACGGCAUGGCGUAGGGUUGUCCAGAGAGAGUGAUUACGAUAGGGGUAGUAGACACGAGAGAAGAGAGAGAGACUGUGAGAGAAGUUACAGGGGAAUGAGGUCAAUACCAAGGUCAGGAUCAAUACCAAGGUCAAGAUCGGGGCCAACAUCAAGGUCAAGAUCACCUGAUUGUGCUGUGGCGGAAAAAUAA